AUGACCCAGGACUCGGAGAUGACGGGAGGCAAAGGUCGAGUGGCGGUACCCUCCGCAAUCAAGGGUAGCUUCAUUCCAGUUUCGCCCAAGAAACAUCGAUCACCGUCGCCUCAGAAGCACAAGCCGAACAAGUCAGUGCAAAUCAAUCUGAAUUUGACUGAAAACCAGAUGGACAGAUUGACCGACGUGUUCAAUAGCACAAGCGAGUCGCCAUCUCGCCGUGGCCGAGUGGACAACUUCAGUCGCCCUAGGUCGCCCGAGCGACACAUGGACUUCGCUGAAGCUCUUACCGAACCCCAAUCUUUGCCUCGAGGUCAUGGAAACCCUCACCAUCAGAAGUCUACCAACAAAGCCAAAUCCUAUCGCAAGCCUCUCGAGGAUGGCCACGAAAGCGACUCGACUACUUUUUCAGAGUUGAUGCCAAGCUCACCUCCCAAAGGCCACAAGGCCAAGGGCUCUCUGGCAUCGAGUCUGGCCGAACGUCGCCAGCAACAUACACCCAAACCUGUCAACGUUCAAGACAGUCGUCAGUAUGGAUCUAUCGUGGAGAAUGCUGGCGGCAUGCCCUCUGUUCGUCCGCCAAUGACCCCUGAUAGCCCUUCUUCUGCAGGAACUGUCCAAGCAGAGUCAUCCUCUAUCUACUCUCAGAGUGAAGGCCAUCCGAGCCCUCUACGGAUUCACAGAGACGACAUCCCGCGACACAUUAAGCAUGUGUUGGAGUCGUACAGCGGCUGGAAAGAUUCAAAGGCUCCGGCACUCGUUCCCGAGAUAAGCGGUCGCGGAGGGAGUGCUCAAGGCCGUAGCCCGCCCAAGGGUAGACUGGAAGCUCUCAAACAGCCAGCCAUGGACGCAAGUGAUAUAUACUCUCCUCUACGGCCCUACUUCGCCUAUAAGGAACUUCCCGUACAGAGAAUCGCGGGCAAGACCCUGAUUGGCGAGCAAGGAUGGCUUGAGCGACCUGACAACACUCCCGACCGCAAGAGAAAGGACGGAUCCCCAAAGAAGCCCGGACUUCUUGACUACCUCAAGAAAAUUGCCAAGGAAAUGACUGAGAACAAGGCUACUCGGAAGCCUAGGGAGAUGGAGAGAGAGGCGAAAGUCCAGAGAGUCACAAUCUCUCUUGACCCCCGUGAGCAGAGUCUUCUUUACUGCGAGCUCGAGUUCCAUAUCAGCAACGCACUGCAUGCCUACAUCACUAAUGAGCUGAACCAUGGUCGUCUGAACCCUGACAAACUCAAGAAAAUUGCCGAUGGGUGGACGCAAAAGGGCCGCCCAAGAGUUGUGGGGUUUCGCUACGACCUUGAAACACAACUCGAUCUCGUUCAUCUACACAUUGAUGAGUUCCAGUUCUUUGGCCGCCGUCAAGGGAACCCGAUGGAGAUCGCUGGUCUUCUUCACGCGAUGAAAAUCAAUGCACGAUCUUUGCGCAUUCGUACCUACUGCCAGCCUGAUUCCGUCAUCGCUAAGCAGCUUGUUGACUCACAAUCUCUCUGUAACACUAUUGGAUGCUCAGAGGCGCAGCAGAUAGCAAUUGCCGAGAUAGCCCAGUUCUUCAAGGUCAUUGUGGAGAGGGAGCAGGCUUACCGAGCAAAGCUGGAUCGCGACAACUCUGCGCAAACACUGCCGCAUGGCCAGGGUGAUCGUCCGUGGAUACCAUCAAGAGAGCUGAUCGAAGGCGCGGAUCCUUACGGUGGGCUUCACCUGAUCCCUGACGGCUACGAUGUUGGUAAGGAGACCCUUCGGUACAACAACUGA